AUGCGUCUUUCUUUCGUCUUUGCUGCAAUCGCGGCUACCUUCCUCGCUUCCAGUGAUGCCCUCAAAGCAAACCAGCAGCUACUGAGGACCGACCACACGACAGAUGCCGACUUCGAAGAGAGAGGUGCCCCUUACAGCGAAGUGAAGGCGUUGGCCAAAAGCUUUGGUAUCAGUUUAAAACAGGGGGGGAAUAAUCCAACCUACUACCACUCUUUGGAUCCCUCGACGCUUAAUGAGUACCAGAAUCAGCUCUACAAUCUGAAUAAGGCCUACAGGAAACGUGAAAACGGACGCAUCAAACCGGCCGGAAGCUAA